UGACCGCCGCCAUCUUGCCGCCCGGCGUCCCGGAGAGAAACACGUUGCCGUCGCUCGGGAGGGAAAGAGAGAGGAAAAAAGCCAGAUUGUUUCGCCUCCAAACCUCACAUCUAACCCCAUUUUCCUCAGAGGCGGAGAGCGGGAACCGCAGCCGGAGAGGGGGCGCAGCUGUCCGUCAGUCCCGCCUCCAUCAUGGCCGACAAGAACACCAGGAUCGCCAUCGUCAACCACGACAAGUGCAAACCCAAGAAAUGCCGGCAGGAGUGCAAGAAGAGCUGCCCGGUGGUGCGGAUGGGGAAGUUGUGCAUCGAGGUGACGCCGCAGAGCAAGAUUGUGUGGAUCUCCGAGUCCCUGUGUAUAGGCUGCGGCAUCUGCAUCAAGAAAUGUCCGUUUGGAGCGCUGUCCAUCGUCAACCUGCCCAGCAACCUGGAGAAGGAGACCACGCACAGAUACUGCGCCAACUCCUUCAAGCUGCACAGGCUGCCCAUCCCGAGGCCCGGCGAGGUUCUGGGGCUGGUCGGGACCAACGGUAUCGGCAAGUCCACGGCGCUGAAGAUCCUGGCGGGCAAACAGAAACCCAACCUGGGGAAGUACGACAACCCUCCGGACUGGCAGGAGAUCCUCACCUACUUCAGAGGUUCUGAGCUGCAGAACUACUUCACCAAGAUCCUGGAGGACGACCUGCGGGCCAUCGUCAAGCCGCAGUACGUGGACCAGAUCCCCAAGACCGUCAAGGGCUCGGUCGGGUCCAUCCUGAGUCGGAAGGACGACACAGAAACGCAGGACAUCGUCUGCAGGCAGCUAGAUCUGAGUCACCUGAGGGAGCGGAACGUGGAGGAUCUUUCCGGGGGAGAACUGCAGCGGUUCGCCUGCGCCGUCGUCUGCAUCCAGAGGGCUGACAUCUUCAUGUUCGACGAGCCGUCCAGCUACCUGGAUGUGAAGCAGAGGUUGAAGGCUGCCAUCACCAUCCGCUCACUCAUCACGCCCGACAGGUACAUCAUCGUGGUGGAGCACGACCUGAGCGUGCUGGACUACCUGUCCGACUUCAUCUGCUGCCUGUACGGCGUCCCCAGCGCCUACGGGGUCGUCACCAUGCCCUUCAGCGUCCGGGAAGGUAUCAACAUCUUCCUGGACGGAUACGUCCCCACGGAGAACCUGCGGUUCCGCGAGACCUCGCUGGUCUUCAAGGUGGCGGAGACGGCCAACGAGGAGGAGGUGAAGCGGCUCCGGCACUACCAGUAUCCCGACAUGGGCAAGACGAUGGGCGAGUUCACGCUGGACAUCAAGGGAGGGGAGUUCACGGACUCGGAGAUCAUGGUGAUGCUGGGAGAGAACGGUACGGGGAAGACCACCUUCAUCCGGAUGCUGGCCGGAGGACUGAAGCCCGACGGAGGAGGUGACAUCCCCAUCCUGAACGUCAGCUACAAACCUCAGACCAUCAGCCCCAAGUUCAAGGGCAGCGUGCGGGCUCUGCUGCACGAGAAGAUCCGAGACGCCUACACUCACCCCCAGUUCAUCACCGACUGCAUGAAGCCGCUGCAGAUCGAGAGCAUCAUCGACCAGGACGUGCAGAACCUGUCGGGGGGAGAGCUGCAGAGAGUGGCGCUCACGCUGUGUCUGGGGAAGCCGGCCGACGUCUACCUGAUCGACGAGCCGUCCGCCUACCUGGACUCGGAGCAGCGACUCAUGGCCGCCAGAGUCAUCAAGAGGUACAUCCUCCACGCCAAGAAGACGGCGUUUGUGGUGGAGCACGACUUCAUCAUGGCCACGUACCUGGCCGACCGCGUCAUCGUGUUUGACGGGAUUCCCUCCAGGACCACGGCGGCCAACACGCCCCAGAGCCUGCUGGCCGGGAUGAACCGGUUCCUGUCUCUGCUGGAGAUCACGUUCAGGAGAGACCCCAACAACUUCCGGCCGCGCAUCAACAAGCACAACUCCAUCAAGGACACGGAGCAGAAGAAAAGCGGGAACUAUUUCUUCCUGGACGACUAAGGCGUCGUCCCGCGUGACCGACAGCGAGCUGCCGCGGCGCCGCCUGGCCCCGCCCCCAGGCGAAGCCCCGCCCCCCCCAAGCAUCAACCCAUCAGCCUCCGCGUACCGGGCUGCGUUCAGUAGCGACGAUGUUGUGACGUGUAAAAACGGUGACGGGCGCCGCGUCACGUGACGGCGGAGGCGCGGUCAUGUGACGCGGCGCCCGCGGAACUUUCAGCAGCGAAUUUUAACACUCAUGCAUUUCCAGAAAGUGAUAAUAAACAGAAGCUUCUACACACAAC